GGUGUUUAUUGGCUUGCCGCUGUGGUCACUACUUGACGUUUGGGCGGAUUGUCAUCCAACUUUUUCUUGGUGAUUUGUAUCAGUUAGUAAAGUAACGUUUCUAUGGUCUAAGUGUGUUUCAGUGAACGGAGUUCUCUGAGUUUGUAUGAUUGAUGAUUUUCUGAAUUAGCUUCCAAAGUAUGCUAUUUCAUCUGUGACCUUAUUCAAAAUGAUAUUCACCCAUUGGAAGUUUUGUAGGAGCCUAGAUAGGAAGAUGUUGUUCUUUGGACCUUUGUUCGCCGUAAUGUUCUCCGAUUGUCGUUGUGGAGCCACUUGGGGAGAUUAAGUAUUAUCUUUGCCCAGUGGUUAAAUAUCUUCUCUUAAAUAUAGUUAUUUCAAGUUAUUUGCGUGGUAUUGGGACGUCGUUGUAGAACAUUGGUGUCAUCUCAACACUAAUUCACACUGUACGGAGUAAAUAGAUUGUACUGAAGGAAUAGUAACUAAUUCCCAUUUUGUCGUGGUUUCGGUCUUAUGUACUUCCGCGUUUCUCCAUCCUGAUAUCGUUUACGAGAUCUGGUUAUGCCUUUCACUAGAUAAAACUUGUUCAUUGGGUAGCCUGAGUUUGUGUUGCUCCCGCACGAUUUUUUCGGAAUAAAGAGUUAAAGGGAUAGCACGAAACUAACACUUACGUGUAUACAGUAACUAAAGCAGUAGGUGUUUGUAAAUUCAUACCGUUCAAGAUCUUAAACAUUGAAGCAACUACCUGUCUUUUGAGACGGCUAUUUAGAAAAUUCUGAGAUUUUUCUCUACAUCCAAACAUCGACAGCUGUUUUAAGGUCAAUGGAUGAAGUACAAAUUCGGUCGCAUAGCAUUUUGUAAAACUUUAUCCACAAAACUUUGAGGGGAACCUUCACUCAGUUUUACUUACUUUUUGGGUGUUCUCGAUGCAAGACAAAUAACCUCAGGAUAAUUAUAUGGAAUAAUUUUUCCAGCACCGUAUUUCGAUACGUUAGCAGCAACGAAAGUAUUUAAUCGUAGAACAAUUGAAAAACUGACACAGGUUGACCCCUAAGCUGCUGAUCAACUCCAAAUCUUACACGCAAAAAAUGCCGGCUCCAAAGCGGUUGCGAGAGUUGGUGAGAGACAUUAGAUCUGCUCGAACUGCUGCUGAAGAACGGGCAAUUGUAAACAGGGAGUGUGCUUUAAUUAGAGAUAGUUUUCGGGAAGAAAAUAACACUUACAGAUGUCGUAAUGUGGCCAAAUUGUUAUACAUUCACAUGUUGGGUUACCCAGCACAUUUCGGUCAGCUCGAAUGCUUAAAACUGGUUGCUUCUCCACGUUUCACCGAUAAAAGAGUUGGUUAUUUGGGCGCAAUGCUUCUACUUGAUGAACGAACUGAUGUACACCUUCUAGUUACAAAUUCCUUAAAAAAUGAUUUAAAUCAUCCUACUCCAUAUGUUGUUAGUUUGGCUCUAUGCACUUUGGGAAGUAUAUGCUCUGCUGAAAUGAGCAGAGAUCUAGCCGGUGAAGUUGAGCGACUAAUACGAUCAUCAAAUGCUUACAUAAAAAAGAAGGCGGCAUUAUGUGCCUUUCAAAUAAUCCGAAAGGUACCUGAUCUCAUGGAAAUGUUUAUACCAUGUACACGUUCUCUUCUUUCCGAAAAAAAUCAUGGAGUCUUAUUGGCUACCAUUUGUUUAAUUCAAGAAAUGUGUGAACGUAGUCCGGAUACUUUGAAUUACUUUCGCAAGCAAUUAGUUCCAACACUAGUACGUACUUUGAAGAAUCUCAUUAUGACGGGUUAUUCCCCUGAUCACGACGUUAAUAAAAUAAGUGACCCAUUUCUGCAGGUGAAAAUACUGAGGCUCAUGCGUGUUCUAGGUCAUGGUGAUAAAGCUGCCAGUGAAGCAAUGAAUGAUAUUCUAGCUCAAGUUGCUACAAAUACUGAGACGAGUAAAAAUGUUGGUCAUGCGAUUCUCUAUGAAAUCGUGUUAACAAUAAUGGGAAUAGAAUCAGAUCCAGGAUUGCGAGUUCUUGCCAUAAAUAUUUUGGGUCGGUUUCUACUAAAUACUGACAAAGACAUUCGCUACGUCGCUCUCAAUACUUUGUUGAGAGUUGUGCAUGCUGAUUCUAAAGCUGUACAGAGACACAGAUUGACAAUAUUGGACUGUUUGAAGGAUCCUGAUGUUUCGAUACAAAGGCGUGCUAUCGAUUUAUGUUUUGCAUUAACAAAUCAUACGAAUGUUUGUUCAAUGGCCAAGGAACUUCUACUUUAUUUACAAAGUUGUGAUAAUGAAUUCAAAGGAGAUGUUUGUUCAAAUAUCUCAAUAGCAGCCGAGAAAUAUGCUCCAAAUAAAAGGUGGCAUGUAGACACCAUGAUGAAAUUGUUAACCACCGCUGGAAACUAUGCUCGGGAUGAUGUCGUCUCAUCUCUGGUUAGCCUGAUUUCUCAAAAUCCUAGUCUACAUGCGUACGCUACCGUUCAGCUAUUCAGUGCUAUGAAUGGAGCCAUGUCUCAACAACCUUUGGUUCAGGUAGCGUGUUGGACAAUCGGGGAAUAUGGUGAUUUGUUGGUUUCGCCAGAACCUUCUGAAGAUAUUCCGAACCCAGUUACUGAAUUAGAAUUGAUUGCUGUGUUACAGAGUGCUCUAGUUAGUGUGACAUCGACAGUGCAAACAAAACAAAUGGUUGUAAACACACUUGUUAAACUAACCACCCGUUUUACUCCAACACAUUUAGAAAAACUUAAAGAGCUCAUUAAAUUUUAUUCGACUAAUGUGAAUCUGGAGCUGCAACAGCGUUCUGUUGAAUACAGCAAAAUUUGCUCGCAACCUAUAAGUAUUCGUAGUGGUUUGCUUGAUUGUAUGCCAGUACUACCAACAAAUGCUUUGUCUGGAACUUCGAAUCCAGAUAACCUGAGUCGUGGAAUUAAUGAAGGUGAUGGUGUCGAAACUGAAGAAGGUAAUAUAGGAGUUGCAAAAUCUCUGUCAGUUAAUGGCUCAACUAAUCAGUCUCAGUCGCUUACCAUUUUCGAUUUAUUGGGUCCAGAAAGCGAAUCGGAUUCUCACAUGACUCAAAACGCAACCUCGAAUCAUUCUGAUACUGGGACUAAUUUACUAGAUCUUCUUGAUGUAUUUGCUCCAUCUGAAAUGACAGUGUCUAGCAAUACUCAAAAUGCAACAGGAUUUUCAGGUGAUUUAUUUGGCACUAAAAAUGGUUUUGGUGCCCCUAUUAUUCAGCCUGCUCCUCAGCCUUCUGUCUUGGAUUUCAACUUUGUCAAUGAUUCUGGUCCAGGUUUGACAAAUCAAGUCCCGUCAGUUCCUUCGAUCACGAUAUACAAUUCGAAUGAGAUAAGAAUUGUAUUCAACUUCGUGCCUUCCGCUGUAUUAGAUGGUCAUUUUAACAUAAUUACUAUCCAGUUAGUGGCAACUACUACGAGUCUUCAGCCAAUUGAUUCUUUUGAAUUCCAGGCUGCUGUGCCCAAAUCUUGCCAGUUACAGCUUUUUCCACCAUCAUCUAGUUCUAUUCUAUGUGGCCCUAACUCUACUCCACUAACACAAGUGUUGAAGCUUAGCGUUCCACCGAAGGUACGUCCACGUAUGAAGAUUCGUUUGCAGUUUGUCAAAAACGGUGAGACAAAAACGGACGAGUUUCAACUCGACGAGUUCCCUCAAGUAUUGUGGCAGUAAUAUUUGGAGAAUUGUUUAUGAACUAAACAAAACCAUUCAUGAACCCUCAAGUCUAACCCAAAAUAAAUGGGGAGUUAAUCUUAUUCUGGCUGUGCUUAAUCGUGUAUUUCUGCGAAAAUAAUUAAUAUGUUGUUUUUUGUUUGUAUAAAAUGUUAUGUGCACCCAAGACUGUUUAUUGAAACUGCCACAGUGCCUCCAUUGUUUCUUGUUAUCAAUUUUCCACCAGCUCCACAUCCUAAUAUAAUGUAAUUCGAAUUUUCGCAUAUCGUUCCGGCAAGAGUAACAAAUAAACCCGAUAUGCAAAUUUUCACUGUCUUGCUACUACUGAUCUUGGGAUAAAUUUGAUUUCUUUUAUCUUUGAUACACUUGUUUUUUGUUUAUGUCAAAAUCUCAUGUUUUUGCUUCUUAUUUGUCUGUUUCAUCAUGUUUAAUGGUUUCUUUUGUAUCAGAAGUAUUUUAUUUUAGCUGACAGUUACAGGUGUGCGUACAAUUAAUAUUUCAACAUUCCGACUGUUUUCAUGAUCAGAUGUAACAGACUAUUUCUUUGGGUAAAAUAAAGAUUGACUGAUCGACUACUUUUCUGAAAAGUAUUAGUUUGAAUCGGAAUUCAUUGUCAGUUACUCUCAUGAAUUCUAUUGUGUUUGCUGAUAAAACUUUCCAUGUUUAAUCAGACUUUCUUUUAUGCACGAAUAAUAUUUUGAAUUCUCCGUAUUAUAGUCUUGUUUUUUCUGUGAUGCAAUUAUUCUGUUCAUUAUUUUACAAUUAAUUGGUUUAAAAAGGUAUAUUCUUGUGAAACGUUAGGUUCAAUAUAGGUGUUCAUUCAGUUUUUUCAAUUAUAUUGUUUGCAAGGAAUUACACCUUGUAGUUAUGAGUUUAUGGUUUUUACUUGAGUUAUAUUAACCAAAUAAUUUAAAGUAAUCAUUCAACAUUGAACACAUCUAUAGAUAUUUAUAUCUAAAGCGUUAGUCAGAUGUGUCCAAAUGGUUUUAAGAAACGAAUUUUUUACGUGAUGAAAAAAUAUUGGAUUGUUG